AUGGACCGACUGAAGGAGGCCUGCUCUGCUCUGCUGUACUCCCAGUCAGCCACUAUGCAGUAUCAGCAGCUUUGACUCAUCCAGGCUGACUGGCCAUGACUCUGUGCUAAUUCAGUCACUGUUACUGACAUUUGUCAAGGUCAAAGCGAAGCUCGUCAUUUAGCCAUUUGGCUCGAGGGGAAACCAGCGUCACAAAACAAACAUUUUUGUCGCUCCAUAUUUAGCUGGUCUCUUGUGUUUAUUGUAUUCUGUUAGGUUAGCUGACAACGCAGGUGGCCUCAGUGGUGACCUGUGCCACUCAGUCAAAGGUCAAUGCUGAAAUCUUUCUCUCUCCAGGAGGCUUUGCCAUUGUGUUCCUGGUGCGGACCCACCAGGGGGUGCGCUGUGCCCUGAAGAGGAUGUACGUCAACAACGAGCACGACCUGCAUAUCUGCAAGCUAGAGAUCCAGAUCAUGGUGAGAACCGGCUCUGGGCUGGAGUUCUGCUCAGUCUGUCACCCUGUCUACCUUUAUAAUGCACAGGCUCUCUCAGACAAAUGGGCUUCACAAAGGGGGCAAAUCACUGUGCCACUGCUGUAGUGAAGCUGAUGUAGAACCACACGGAUAAAACUACACAAAUAAAAUAAUAGGAUUGUGUUUAUAUUCUGGAAGAGGUGAUAUGGGAGAGAGUUGCUGACUAUGGAAGUGGGGGGGGGGGUUGACAAAACUAACUUAAACAAACAUAUACAGGGAGGGAGAGAGAGAGAGAGAGAGAGAGAGGGAGCAGAAAGGUGUGUAGUAACUGAGUCACACUCUUAGCUCAGUUAGAGCCUGCUGCUGAAUAUGUUGAGUUGGAAUUCAUGCAGAUAAACUCCCCCACCCCCUUGGGCCUCAGUUCCCUAACUUGAGGCCAUGCUGUAAGAUAACCAGCCCCUGCAGCCACACCCUGGGGGGCAUUAUUGGUACAGGAUGACUAUCAUUAUUGGGUCGUUCCACGAAAUGGGUGCCUUUUGCGUCCCUUUUAUAUUUUUAAGUAGAAAUAAUGCACCAAUAUUGAAUUUUAAAAGCCUGUCAUAUUAAAUGAAGUACACUAUAAUAUAGACCACAUGAAGAAUUCAAUAGAUCUGAUUUUUAAUAUGAAUAAUGGCUAUAGUGCCAAAAUUCAGCAUUUUGACAUGUCCCUCCAUCAACCCUGUCACUUCUAGGAAGAUUUCAACUCACUUAAUCCCCAAAUGUCUCCAAGUUUCACCACCAUUGUAAAGGCCUAGUUAUUUUGCUGCUUUGACAGUCAUUUCUGAAGGUUAUUAUUUAUAUUCAUGUGAUUGGUGAUGUAUUUACGUCUGUCCCUCAUUUUAAGGCCAACCCUGUUAUGCAAACAAUUUACUCCUUUAAAAUAAUGGACCAUUCCACCAAGUUAAAUGAUUCACAGCAAGUGACAUUGUUUGAGGCCUCUGAACAGCAUGGUGGAAAAGGAAGUAGGUCUUCUCUGUCUUUUUGGUCUAUUUAUAAUUGUUUUAUCAACUUUAACUGAGGUGGUCAAGUUCAACAUAUCAACUUUAAUUUGAUUUAACUUUCGUUAUGUGUGGAACAUGUAUAAUUCCUAAUUUCAUGAACACCAUGUGGUCCCAUGCUCUUCACAACAUGAGGAGUAAUGGCCGAUCUUCACCUAAAACCUCAACGAGGCCCAAAGGUGACUUUAUCACUUUGAUAUUAUACGUGAGUUUAUUUGUACAAGGGAGACUUGAUCAAUGAGAAAAUGUUGGAUUUAUCUCAAACAUGAAUUUUAAAUAAUAGUUAAGCAGUUACAUAAGUGUCCGUAACAGGGUUGACAGUGUGGAACAAGUGCAGAUAAAAUCUGUUAUGGUAGCUUCUGAUGUGUCUAGCUUAGUUCGACUACAGAGGGAUGCCAUGGUUACCGAGGUGAUCUGGUGUCUGUGUUGUCUUCCUACUACUUCACUCUCCUACUGUAACCAAGUAUUCCAUCAAACUGUCUGUUCUCACUGGCUAUACACCUGAAUAAGAAAAUAUUUCUCAAAACACUUUUUGGGUUGUAGGCUCAUUUUUAUGUUUCUCGCUCUCUCUUUUGCGCGCACACACAGGUUGGCAUGACAGUGUGAAAGUGUUAUCACACAGUGGUAUUAUUGGGUGCAUAUGAGGUAGGGAUGUAGCUCAGUUGGUAGAGCAUGGCAUUUGUGGUUGUGGGUUCGAUUCCAGUAUAAAAAAUAAAAAUGUAUGCACUCACUAACUGUAAGUCGCUCUGGAUAAGAGCGUCUGCUAAAUGACUAAAAUGUAAAUGUAAAAUGCUCUUAGUUUAUAGGAUUUUAAUGCCUGAGAUGAGAAUAUUUGUUGUUCCGUACUCAACAUAUCCUCCAUGCAAUUGAAUGUUGAAAGAAGAGAUUAAUUUAAUUUCUUCCGUUUGCAUGUCCAAAAGGCACCCUAUUACUUCCAGCCUUUUGGCAGAUCCUCAGAUUCAGCAAGCAGGAGCAGAAUACACUCUGGCAAUCCAAAAAACAAAGAUCACCAUUGUUAUGGCAGCCUGUUUGGAAUUUGAAAGCAAACCAGAGACCUAUGAGGUUAUUUAAAUUCUUUGUAAUAUUAACCAAUUGUGUGUGUGCAUGUGCAGAGGGACCUUGUGGGCCACAGGAACAUUGUGGGUUUCCUGGACUCCAGUAUAACUGCAGUGGGAGCAGGAGAUGUCUGGGAGGUCCUCAUCCUCAUGGACUUCUGUCGUGGUAAUUCUGCCCCUCUUUCCUGAUCAAUCACUUUAGUGGUUUCAUUAGUGUACAAACCUCAUACCAUGACAGGAGCGUAUCUACUUUGUUUCCAAACCCAUUGUAAGUCCUCCCUGGUUUGUUGCAGGUGGUCAGGUGGUGAACCUGAUGAACCAGCGUCUGCAGACAGGCUUCACUGAGGCAGAGGUGCUGCAGAUCUUCUGUGACACCUGCGAGGCCGUGGCCCGCCUCCACCAGUGCAAGACGCCAAUCAUCCAUCGAGAUCUCAAGGCACGAGCACUUCACACACACCCUCAGAGUCUGCACCCUACUCACACUUGCCUUUAUCAUGUCUUCUUUAUCUGUUUGUCUUUAAUAAAUGUCCUAGCUGCAUAUAUGUGUCCCAGCAUGAGAAGUGAACCAUGAAGUGUAUAAAUAUGUUACACACCAUUCAAAGAUCAACUCAGGAGUCACCUGUCUCAGGAGUCACCUGUCUCAGCAGUCAUCUUUGUGUCUCUAUCUCCUCUGCAGGUGGAGAAUAUCCUACUCCAUGACCGGGGACACUACGUGCUGUGUGACUUUGGCAGCGCCACCAACCGCUUCCAGGACCCUCAGACAGAGGGCGUGCCACUGGUGGAAGAGGAAAUCAAGAAGUGAGUGAUUCUGAAGAGCUUCACCUCAACUGGAAUACUGAACUCAUGGGAGUGGUUUGAUAGUUUUAGUCUAGUGAACCAACAAGUACAACCGGUUGGGAUGUUGUGGAUUAACUGUGCCAAGUGAACCCUAUUGAGGACAUUUAUCUGCAAUUGAAGUCCUUCCUAAAUUAGUGUGCUCCCUUGCUUCCCCACCUUAAGGUACACUACUCUGUCAUACCGAGCCCCAGAGAUGAUCAACCUUUACAAUGGCAUGGUCAUCACUACAAAGGCAGACAUCUGGGUGAGUUGGCAUACUGCUGAAUCGCCAUGAGAGAUUAUGACUGGUUUCUCUCCACUAUAGAGUUAUGUUGGCUUGAUGCCAGGUAAUAAAAGGUGUCCUGAUGUGCACUGUGCUGUCUCUACAGGCUAUGGGCUGCCUGCUGUAUAAACUGUGCUACUUCACCCUGCCGUUUGGGGAGAGCCAGGUGGCCAUCUGUGAUGGCAGCUUCACUAUUCCAGACAACUCCCGCUACUCCCAGGACAUGCACUGCCUCAUCAGUGAGUAGCCAUCCUCCCUGUCAACUCCUACUGAAUGGUCUGUGCGUUCGUAUGUAAGAGAGUUGUCUUUCUGGCUCUGUCUUUCUCUCUGUGCCCCUUCUCUCUUUCACAGUGCAAGUCCUUUAGUCCAAAGAGAUAAAUAUACAGUGCAUUCGGAAAGUAUUCAAACCCCUUGGAUUUUUCCACAUUUUAUUACGUUACAGCCUUAUUCUAUAAUGGAUUAAAUAGUUUUUCCCCCCUCAUCAAUCUACACACAAUACCCCAUAAUGACAAAGCAAAUCUAUUCAAAAUAGGAAACUGAAAUAUCACAUUUACGUAAGUAUUCAGACCCUUUACUCAGUACUUUGUUGAAGCACCUUUGGCAGCGAUUACAGCCUUGAGUCUUCUUGGGUAUGAUGCUACAAGCUUGACACACCUGUAUGUGGGGAGUUUCUCCCAUUCUUCUCUGCAGAUCCUCUCAAGCUCUGUCAGGUUGGAUGGGGAGCGUCGCUGCACAGCUAUUUCCAGGUCUCUCCAGAGAUGUUUGAUUGGGUUCAAGUCCGGGCUCUGGCUGGGCCACUCAAGGACAUUCAGAGACUUGACCCGAAGCCACUCCUGCAUUGUCUUGGCUGUGUGCUUAGGGUUGUUGUCCUGUUGGAAGGUGAACCUUCGCCCCAAUCUGAGGUCCUGAGUGCUCUGGAGCAGGGUUUCAUCAAGGAUCUCUCUAUACUUUGCUCCGUUCAUCUUUCACUCGAUCCUGACUAGUCUCCCAGUCCCUGCCGCUGAAAAACAUCCCCACAGCAUGAUGCUGCCACCACCAUGCUUCACCGUAGGGAUGGUGCCAGGUUUCCUCCAGACGUGACGCUUGGCAUUCAGGCCAAAGAGUUCAAUCUUGGUAUCAUCAGACCAGAGAAUCUUGUUUCUCAUGGUCUGAGAGUCCUUUAGGUGCCUUUUGGCAAACUUUAAGCGGGCUGUAAUGUGUCUUUUACUGAGGAGUGGCUUCCGUCUGGCCACUACCAUAAAGGCAUGAUUGGUGGAGUGCUGCAGAGAUGGUUGUCCUUCUGGAAGAUUCUCCCAUCUCCAUAUAGGAACUGUGGAGCUCUGUCAGUGACCAUCGGGUUCUUGGUCACCUCCCUGACCAAGAACCUCCUUCUCCCCCGAUUGCUCAGUUUGGCCAGCGGCCAGGUCUAGGAAGAGUCUUGGCGGUUCCAAACUUCUUCCAUUAAAGAAUGAUGGAGGCCACUGUGUUCUUGGACCUUCAAUGCUGCAGAAAUGUUUUUGUACCCUUCCACAGAUCUGUGCCUCUACGGACAGUUCCUUCAACCUCAUGGCUUGGUUUUUGCUUUGACGUGCACUGUCAACUGUGGGACUUUUAUAUAGACUGGUGUGUGCCUUUCCAAAUCAUGUCCAAUCAAUUGAAUUUACCAAAUGUGGACUAAAUGUAAACAGGAUGCACAUGAGCUCAAUUUCGAGUCUCAAAGCAAAGGGUCUGAAUACUUUAUAAAUGUGCAACAUUUUCUAAACUGUUCGCUUUGUCAUUAUGGGGUACUGUGUUUAGAUUGAGGGGGAAGAAAUCCAUUUUAGAAUAAGGCUGUAACGUAACAAAAUGUGGAAAAAGUCAAAUGGUCUGAACUUUCAGAAUGCACUGUAUCAGUAUGAUAAUUACCAACCAUAUUUUCUUCCAUUCAUCAGGAUACAUGCUGGAGCCUGACCCUGAAAAGAGACCAGAUAUCUAUCAAGUGUCCUACUUCGCCUUCAAGCUGGCCCGUAUCGAAUGCCCCAUCCAGAACAUACAUGUAAGUCACCUCAUCAUCAGUAAUGACAACAGGACUAGAAAAUCUCCCCGGAGACGAAGGUUACAACCAAAUAAUUCAAAGGGUCAUAAUGUAGAGGAACUUUUAACUUUAUCUGAAUUGUUACCUUGCUCUCCAAAUGCCAGGUGUAAGUCAAUCAUUGAAAGUAAGAGAUGAUACAGUGAGGGAAAAAAGUAUUUGAUCCCCUGCUGAUUUUGUACGUUUGCCCACUGACAAAGAAAUGAUCAGUCUAUAAUUUUAAUGGUAGGUUUAUUUGAACAGUGAGAGACAGAAUAACAACAAAAAAAUCCAGAAAAACGCAUAUCAAAAAUGUUAUAAAUUGAUUUGCAUUUUAAUGAGGGAAAUAAGUAUUUGACCCCCUCUCAAUCAGAAAAGAUUUCUGGCUCCCAGGUGUCUUUUAUACAGGUAACAAGCUGAGAUUAGGAGCACUCCCGUGUGCUCCUAAUCUCAGCUUGUUACCUGUAUAAAAGACACCUGUCCACAGAAGCAAUCAAUCAAUCAGAUUCCAAACUCUCCACCAUGGCCAAGACCAAAGAGCUCUCCAAGGAUGUCCGGGACAAGAUUGUAGACCUACACAAGGCUGGAAUGGGCUACAAGACCAUCGCCAAGCAGCUUGGUGAGAAGGUGACAACAGUUGGUGCGAUUAUUCGCAAAUGGAAGAAACACAAAAGAACUGUCAAUCUCCCUCGGCCUGGGGCUCCAUGCAAGAUCUCACCUCGUGGAGUUGCAAUGAUCAUGAGAACGGUGAGGAAUCAGCCCAGAACUACACGGGAGGAUCUUGUCAAUGAUCUCAAGGAAGCUGGGACCAUAGUCACCAAGAAAACAAUUGGUAACACACUAUGCCGUGAAGGACUGAAAUCCUGCAGCGCCCGCAAGGUCCCCCUGCUCAAGAAAUCGCAUAUACAGGGCCGUCUGAGGUUUGCCAAUGAACAUCUGAAUGAUUCAGAGGAGAACUGGGUGAAAGUGUUGUGGUCAGAUGAGACCAAAAUUGAGCUCUUUGGCAUCAACUCAACUCGCCGUGUUUGGAGGAGGAGGAAUGCUGCCUAUGACCCCAAGAACACCAUCCCCACCGUCAAACAUGGAGGUGGAAACAUUAUGCUUUGGGGGUGUUUAUCUGCUAAGGGGACAUGACAACUUCACCGCAUCAAAGGGACGAUGGACGGGGCCAUGUACCGUCAAAUCUUGGGUGAGAACCUCCUUCCCUCAGCCAGGGCAUUGAAAAUGGGUUGUGAAUGGGUAUUCCAGCAUGACAAUGACCCAAAACACACGGCCAAGGCAACAAAGGAGUGGCUCAAGAAGAAGCACAUUAAGGUCCCGGAGUGGCCUAGCCAGUCUCCAGACCUUAAUCACAUAGAAAAUCUGUGGAGGGAGCUGAAGGUUCGAGUUGACAAACAUCAGCCUCGAAACCUUAAUGACUUGGAGAAGAUCUGCAAAGAGGAGUGGGACAAAAUCCCUCCUGAGAUGUGAGCAAACCUGGUGGCCAACUACAAGAAACAUCUGACCUCUGUGAUUGCCAACAAGGGUUUUGCCACCAAGUACUAAGUCAUGUUUUGCAGAGGGGUCAAAUACUUAUUUCCCUCAUUAAAAUGCAAAUCAAUUUAUAACAUUUUUGACAUGCGUUUUUCUGGAUUUUUUUGUUGUUAUUCUGUCUCUCACUGUUCAAAUAAACCUACCAUUAAAAUUAUAGACUGAUCAUUUCUUUGUCAGUGGGCAAACGUACAAAAUCAGCAGGGGAUCAAAUACUUUUUUCCCUCACUGUAUGUAAGGCACUGUACUUAAUGUUAUUUUAUUUAAAAUGUAAGAAGCUUUCACAUUUUACUAAGAUGUUGUAUUCAUGUCUAAUCUUUUUGGAAAGCAACAUAAGUCUAUUGCAAAAUGCCAGAGGAUGGGGGAGCAAGCGGCUUUGUGGUUGUUGCCAGUUGGCUGCCCACCAUCCCCCAGGCCCCUUUGCUUUGCAUUGAUAGAGCAAUGUCAGCACUCAAUCAUCUGACACAGCACAUUUCAGACCACAUUCCCAGUGGACAUUCAAGGCCGAUUCAUGGAAUCUUUAACUGAUCAUGACAUUGCUGCAGUCAUGUCAUGCAGAAGUUAUAAUGAUAAAGGGUUCUUGUUCCCUCGCUGUGACAAAAGGAAAACCAUUACACUAGAAAUCUGAGUGAAGCUGAUUGAUUUAAAUUGAGUAGUAUAUCUAAGCAUAGUACUGAAACUCUUCUCACCUUCACAGAACUAUCCUAUUCCUACAAAACUUCCUGAACCAAUCAGAGCCAGCGAAGCUGUGGCCAAAAAGAGUCAAUCCAAAGCCAGGUAAGUGAGGAGCAUGAGAAUCCCUUUUUUAAAUUAUAGUUACAGAUGUAAAGCUCCGGCAAUGAUAACCUGUCUUGCCCUUCCGCUCCCCUCCCAGGCUCUCAGACCCUGUCCCCACAACAGAGACGUCCAUCGCGCCCCGGUCACGACCCAAAGCUGGAGGGGCCCAGCCCAUAGGCAUCCUGCCCAUCCAGCCGGCCCUCACCCCACGCAAGAGACCCAGCGUGGCUGCAGGAGGUACGCACACACUACCCUCUGUGCCUUCUUUGUUUCUCAGUCAAAGCUUGAACCACAAGGACCUGAUAAUGUGGUGAGCAGAGAGCUGAGGCCUGCAAGCAGGGAAAGUCUCUAAUCCUGUCACAAAACACUCACCGAGAUAGACAUCCUGUAUUGAGCUUGAUGUAUUGAACUGUUCCACGUGUUUGGCUGACAUAACAUGGCCUUGUAAUCCCAGUGGUUUAAUUUGUCCGUCCGGACAAGGCUUUAAUAGUCUAUUAAUGAGCCCUUGGUGACACCCAUAGUCUAUCUGAGCCCUUCUGUCCAUCUGCUUGUAUAGAGACCGAUAGGAGCUGCAAGCUUGUCUGUUUUAGUCAAUUGUUAUCAAUGUCAUCCUUCCAAGACAGCCAUCUUUUCCCCUGUACUACAGGUGUUUUAGGCGCUGCCCAGCCGGCUGUUGCUGUUCAAUUAGUCCAGCAGGUGCCUGCUGCACAGGCCACAUCCCCACUGGCUCAGACCGCCCCUUCGCAGCCCAUGGCCACGCCCCAGCAUCAGCAGGGUCUCUUCAUGAAGCAGCAGGCUGCAGCCUUCUUCAGCCCACAGCAGAAGACCAACCAGGUGGGCAUAUCUCUUAUCAGUCUGCUAAAGGCACUAUAUAUUACCUUGUGUUUGGGCUUCUUAAUAUAUCAGAGAAUCUUGUUGCCAUUUGCCAAUAAUAUGAAGUCAUUGUUUUUUAUGCAUCCAUUUAUUGCCUUCUAACUUAUGAUAUUUCUAUGUAGAGUGCACUUUUAGCAGGACCUCUGAAUAACCUUGUGGUUUUGAAUGAAAUUGAAUCAAACUGAAUAACUUGAUUGACUUUCCAGGAACUCCCCUCUGAUCUGUUAAUUAAAAUACACUAAGAUGUCAUGUGUAACAAAAAUCCAACUGCAGAAAUGACAACUUUCAUGAAAUACACAGGGAACAGAAGGGUGAACUGGUUUGCACUUGGCAGAGCAAUAACUCAUCCCAAACUGGGCCAAAUUAGACAGUAGGGAGGGGUUUUCCUGAACACUGGUUGUGUUUCUCCCACCAUCCUAUCCCUAAGCAGCAUCAGCUGGUGCAGACCAUCUACAAACAACAGCAGCAGCCUCCCAUCCCGACCCCCCAGGGCUCUGUGGCUGUGCAGCCCAAAACGAAUCCUGUGGCUCCUGUUGCUCCUCUGCAGCAGCAGCCAGCCAGCCCUGCGGCAGACCUCCCCUCCCCCCAACCACCAGCCCCCCCUCAGCCUGCAGCCCCAGGACCUAAAGCCACAGGACCUGCACUUGACUGUGACUCUGAGCCCACGGUAAACCCCCUUCCCUCCGGCAACCUGCUGGUCUGUGGGACAGGGAGGGCUAACAGGCCCAUCUCCUCUGGCAGCCUGCUGCCUUGUGGGACAGGGGGACUAACAGGCCCUGGCUCUCUGUCUGGGGCCUUAGAAUCUGGCUAAUCACCUAACACUGACUUUGUAUGCAUUCUGCAUUUGCAUUGGAUUAGUUCCCUUUAAAAUAACUGCAUGUUUUAUUGAUCUAUGUAAACAAUGAUGUAGAAAUACUUGCUCUUGGAUUGGUCCUGUAUACUGUUGUGAGGACUGAAUUAAGCAGUCUAAAAAGGAUACAUCAGUGCUUCUCACUAACAUCGAAGACAGAUCUUUCAUACUUUGCAUAGUGAUCAAAUAUAAUUCAACCAAAAGGAUAAGAUUUAGAAGCUGUCUAGUGGCUUUUCCUUUCACUAUGGUUAUAAUGUCUAAAGUUGUCAUGAAACAUCUCUGUCACUGGAACCUGUCACCACUCAGUUCUGUCUCCUUUGUGAUUUAUUGUUCUAAAUCUAAUCUCUGUCAAAAAUAUGAAUCAAUAACGGAUCAUCCUGAAAACCAUCCAUUGGUAUUUUGCCACUAAUCAACCAUGUCUUUUCACCAACCAAUAGAAUAGCUAAUCAACUUGGAUCAACCUGUCAUUUUCUUCCUUCUGAUAUUCGGUGUGAUAUUUUCCUUAUCUCCAUAUUAAACCCUUUCUCUCGCUCUCUCCUCCCAGCAUCUGGCUCCUGGACGUGGGCUCCACAAGGUUGGCUCCCUGACGCCCCCCUCCUCCCCAAAGAUGGCCCCCCGAGGCAGUCACAGACGCAUCCUGAGCGACGUCACCCACAGUGCUGUGUUUGGGGUCCCAAUCAGCAAGUCAACCCAGCUACUGCAGGCGGCUGCAGCCGAGGCCAGCCUCAACAAGUCCAAGUGAGCUGAAUUAACCCAUCUCAAUGAACUGAGGAAUCAACUGUCCAUUCAUUCCACACACUGACUGACUGACUGACUGACUGACUGACUGACUGACUGACUGAGUGAGAUGCAGGCCAAUGAACAGGCCAUUCAUACAGAGAACCUUAAUAGCCCAUAUAGUUCAACACAGGAAUAAACAGUCCAUUCAAUCUACAAAUAACUCAAUAGGAUUUUUAAUUACCCAUAUUUGCAUGCAUGUUUUAUAUUUGGCACAGACUUGUUUGUACUUAAGAUAAAUGAGAUGGAUGAUUUCCACUGUAACCUUUGUUUUCCUAUGUGUGUUGUAGGUCAGCCAGCACCACCCCCUCUGGCUCCCCCUGCUCCUCCCAGCAGAGUGUGUACCAGCCAGGGCAGGGCGGUGCCCAGACAGCCCCCUCUGCACCCACUGGCAGCUGGAACCCUUUUGGUGACGACAACUUCUCCAAGCUCAGUGCCGAGGAGCUGCUCAACAAGGACUUUGCCAAGCUGGCCGAGAGUAAGACCACAAUGUCCAGUCUGUGUAUAGACAUCUACAAGUGCAAUGGAUAGUUGGUAGAUAGGUAAAUGAACAGAGGUGAUGUUGUUUUCUAAUUGUGUAUGUCUUUAUGACAGCUACAACAGGGGAGAGGGCCAGCCUCUCUACAGAGAACCUAAUUUCAGGGCUGCAGCCUGUCUCUGCUGCUGGGUCCACAGGCAAGGCUUUCCCGGGUAAGACCCCACGUGUUCACCAGCCUUCCUCUCUGUGUCAUACAGACGUUAUUAUUCCUCUCCCUCAUCUCUACAUAUUUCCCAUGUGGUGUCCUGUUGUUUUUAGCUGUCGGCUUCUUCUCUGUAAAUCUUUCUUUCGAAGAUCGAUUUUUCUCCUGCUCUGUAGAAUUCUUUCUUUGAGAGAUGUAUCGGUUUGAGCUGUCAAGUGAACCUCUCGCACCUUUCUCUGAGACAAUUUUCUCUGAGCCCAACCCAAGCCAAUUACUGUUGUGUAAUUUGUUCUCCUCAGCUCUGUUGUCCUCUUACAUCUUGUUGACUUUCUAUUAGAUCAGUAACUGUCAUAACCAACCAUACCAUCUUCUCCAACAUCCUUCCUCCCCUAUUCUCCUGCUGUCUCUCAUUCUUUCUCUCCUUCUCCCGCUUUCUUUCUCCAUGUGUGAUGUUAAGCUGAGAGAGGUGCUGACAUCCUGGGUUUGGAUGCAGGCUCAGCGAUUUUGAGUGUCCCGGACCCCUUUAACGCCCUCUCCCUCUCUGACACCACAGGUAACGCCCUUUCCCAGCAUGCAACGUUGUUGUGGAAUGUAUUGGCAGGUUCCACUUCUCUGUCCUGCCAGGAUCCCUACUUUACCAUCAAGCAUCCAUCCAAUGUGUUUCAAUUCUUGCGCAUAGAUGUUCCUGAGACACUCAUGUUGGUGGAUUGUAUGUGGCCUAUAUCUAAUGUUUAAAGCCAUUGUUUAGAUCAUGACUGGGGUGACAUGGCUUUGCUCUGUAGUCCUAUUGUCCCUGUCCUCUUAGCAUAAUUGAUUCCCUUUCAGCUCCUAUGAAUAGAGACCUUAGCUGGAUUGCCUCACACUUGUGGACCGUGCCUCUGUCUGUACUGUUGCCUGGUUACCUGAAGGACACAUUCUCCUUUGUUAAUCGGAUUGCUGUUCCUCUGGAGGCGCCUGCUUUAGAAUGCCUCUGUCACUGAGAACAGUGGGAAAGUUCAGCGUCACAUCUGAGCUCUUCCUUUAGUUGGUAGUUGAUUGCUUUUCCAAAUGGCUCAGGAGCAAUACUCUGUCCUCAGUUUAUCUUAACACAGACUAGGCUGUAUUCACUGUAAGGUUCAGAUAAUCGCUCCAAUGACAGUCAGUGGAUGCCAGUGUUGUCAGUUAGUGGGGACUGAGCUGAGGGGAAAAAGGCUGCCUGUUACAUAAUCUGGGUGUGGUUAAUCUUCUCUGUCCUCUCCCAACUCACUCAGUCUUUAAACACAGGUCACAAAGAGAGUGAGAGCACUGAGGAUUUACUGGCACACAGCACCAGUAGAGCCCAUAACAGGAACUGCACCCCAUUUGCCUCAUGCAGCGUGACUCAUCUCCUUUGCAUAGAGUUGAUCAGGCUGUUGAUUGUGGCCAGUGGAAUGUUGUCCCACUCCUUUUCAAUGGCUGUGCGAAGUUCCUGGAUAUUGGCUAUUCCUGGAACAUGCUGUCGUGCAAAUCGAUCCAGAGCAUCCCAAACGUGCUCAAUGGGUGACAUGUCUAGUGAGUAUGCAGGCCAUGGAAGAACUUGGACAUUUUCAGCUUCCAGGAAUUGUAUUUAUAGAUCCUUGUGACAUGGGGCCGUGCAUUAUCAUGCUGAAACAUGAGGUGAUGGCGGCAGAUGAAUGGCACAGUAUCUCUGUGCAUUCAAAUUGGCAUCGAUAAAAUGCAAUUGUGUUCGUUGUCCGUAGCUUAUGCCUGCCCAUACCGUCACCCUACCGCCACCAUGGGGCACUCUGUUUACAAAGUUUACGUCCGCAAACCGAUGCCAUCUGCCCGGUACAGUCGUAAACCGGGAGUCAUCCGUGAAGAGCACACUUCUCCACCAUGCCAGUGGCCAUCGAAGGUGAGCAUUUGCCCACUGAAGUUGGUUACGACGCCGAUCUGCAGUCAGGUCAAAACCCUGGUGAGAACGACGAGCACUCAGAUUAGCUUCCCUGAGACGGUUUCUGACAGUUUGUGCAGAAAUUCUUCAGUUGUGCAAACCCACAGUUUCAUCAGCUAUCCGGGUGGCUGGUCUCAGACGAUCCCGCAGGUGAAGAAGCUGGAUGUGGAGGUCCUGGGCUGGCGUGGUUACACAUGGUCUGUGGUUGUGAGGCCGAUUGGACGUACUGCCAAUUUCCCUAAAACAACACUGGAGGCGGCUUAUGGUAGAAAAAUGAACAUGCAACAGCUAUGGUGGACAUUCCUGCAGUCAGUUGUGGCAUUGUGUUAUGUGACACAACUGUACAUUUUAGAGUGGCCUUUUAUUGUCCCUAGCACAAGGUGCACCUGUGUAAUGAUCAUGUUUAAUCAGCUUCUUGAUAUGCCACCCUAUCAGGUGGAUGGAUUAUCUUCGCAAAGGAAAAAUGCUCACUAACAGGGAUGUAAACAAAUUUGUGCACAAACUUUGAGCAAAAUAAGCUUUUUGUGCGUAUGGAACAUUUCUGGGAUAUUUUUAUUUCCGCUCAUGAAACCUGUGACCAACACUUUGCAUGCGUUUUAUAUUUUUGUUCAGUAUAAAUAAGACUCUGGAGUACACAGACUUUGUCAUAGCAGUUUAUCAUUGACCUGCGACCUCUCUCCCUUAGUGAAGGGGGCAAAUGGGCAGCUGUGCUGUGUCAUAUUCUGAGCCCCCAGGCCCAGGUCCUCUGUCCCCCUGUCUCUCCAUAGCAGCCAGUCACCUGUAAGUAUGUAUGGAGAUGAGAUUUUGACCCAGAAGAUACUCACUCACAUGCAUGCAACUGGUUUGUACUCAGUCUGUUUGGAUGCACUAACCUGCUGGAGAGGCACAUCCUGAAGGCAGUCCUCCUGCUUUGUCUGUGGCACGGCCCUGGAACACCCAGCAAAGCUUACUUAACAAGGAUACUGUCAGUCAGGUGUCUAGCAGUGCUGGCUGAUCCAACACUUGUUCAGUGAUGAAAGUGGAGAAGAGACAUGUAAGAACAGUCAGUGAUGUAGGCCUAGUCUGUGGACUGGUGCUAUGGUAGCUAACCCCUGGUAUAUUUUUGUUGAGUGAGGCUGACAUUUUGCUCUUUAGUCCGUCAACUAAUGACCCUAUAAAGAUGAAAUACUGACACUAGCUGCUGUGUGUUUGUAUUCGUCUCCAUGUCAUUGGUUGAUGGGAUGGAAUGAUGUGUUGGUGGUUUAAGGCUAGCAGUUCUUUUUGAAGGCAUGCUGUUUUUCUCCACUACUUGUUUGACAUGAAUGGUAUUACCUGCCUGAAAUAAACAUGUCCUCUACUCAAGCAUGGUCUGUGCACUCCGUCAUCACACUAGGAGGGAUUUUCUGCUGAAGAGUAAAGGAGAGACUGGUGUCUUCAUAGCAUUCCUCAUGGCAGAAUACCCAGCCAAUAGAAAAAUAUCUUCACAAAUCCAAGAACUAACAGCUGCUACACCUUGAUAACGUUACCAACUAAUUCUCACCUUGAUAGUAUAAUUAUCAUGUUCUCAUUUGUACUUAGAUGAGCCUAGCGUACAUUUCUUCCCUUUGCCUCAGUCCUACUACAUCAUCUCACAUUUUCUCCCCCUACUCAUACUUUUCUUAUGCACAUUCUCUUUCUUUCCUCUCUCUUUCGAUGCUUUCCUCCCUCCCGUUCCUCCUUGUCCUCUCCUCUCGUCCCUCUGUCUGGAUGGCUCACAGAGAAGCUGAUUGAGGGACUGAAGUCCCCUGAGACAUCUCUGCUGCUCCCUGACCUUUUACCCCUGGCUGACCCCUUCAGCAGCUCUGCAGAGGGCAACAGUAAUGGUAACAGGCUCUCCUGUCUGCCUAUCUGCCUGUCUGUCUGCCUGCCUGCCUGCCUGCAUGCCUUCCUCUCCUCUUCCUGUAUCCUCUCUCACAUGAGAGAUGCUUCAGGUUGUUUAUGAACUGAAGUCCGUCAUAUACUUUAUUCUCUGGAGCUGGAGCUCUUUGGUUUCCUCUCUCCUUUUCAUUCAUUUUCUUAUCUGACCAUCUCUCCUGUUCCUCUUUCAUCAGCAGCAAAGGCUGAGAUGUGUGUGGACUCUCUGAUACCGGGCCUGGAGACAGUCUCAGCCAGCCUGCCAGGUUAGUGUCCUAAACUGUACCUUACUGUUCUUACCAUUCCUUAAAUAAUAUAGGCAAUGUUAUUACAUUAUUGCCGUACAUCGCUAUGACGUAUGCUCUGUGUGGGGCCACAAGGCAAUGAGUUAUUGGGUUAACACAAAGGGGGAUUUGCCUCCACUAAGAUUGAAUGUGUUUUUUCUGCCAUCAACGUCAUACAGGGAUAUGACUCUUAGUUCAGAAGCUCUGUUGUGGUUUCCUUUGUGUUAACUAUUGCUUGGUGUUGAAAAGACCAAGUCAUUUAUCAGUAACCUGCGCAAACAUACCCUGCCAGGGCUUGCUGAAAGGUUUGCCUGUACCAAAUUAAUAUUCCCUGUCACCAUUUCUUCAAUGCUGUCAACUAAACUGUCUGGAACGGUUGCGGUUUAUUGCAAUGAUCCGUUGCUAUGACGUACUCUUGAGGGCGAACAGGAAAACAUUUGCAGUGCACUGUUCAUUAGCAUUGCUGAUUCUGCUCCAGAUGAACAUGAGCACAGUGUGAAUGUUAGUGUAAUGGCUGACAUUCCCCAGUGAAUGUAGGCUGGAUCUGAGGACAAGGCCGCUACUGCUGAGCGAUAGAGCGUGUCUGCUGCCCCUGGCUUUGACCUCUCAAUAUCGCGCAGUAGGCAGUUUUUCCCUCCGCUCCCACCUUUUGGUAGUAGUGUCAAUCUGUGCCACUAGAGGGCACCAAUGGACAAUGGUCCUGUCAUUAGUCCAACUCCUACAUGCAGCAAAGUACCACUACUAGUGUGGGGUUUGAUCAGGGGAUAUCUACUUUGAGGAUGAACGUAAAUCUGAGAGUAAGAAGCUCAUUCACUUUUGGUCUAAUCUUUUUUCUGUGGGAAAAGGGUGAGCAUGCUUACUAACCUACUGCUUUUUCUUCUGCUUGGGUUAAUGGUCUUUCAUUUUCUUUCCCUCCAUAUUAACCCCUGGCCUCCCCUCCCCUCCCUCAGACCCUCUGGCUGGAGAGGACUCUCUGCUGGGCUGCUCUUUGCUGUCUCACACCUCCACCCCUGGGGAUCAAACUGUCUGUGCACCCCCCUCCUGCUCCUCUGCCCCUCCUGGCUCUGCUUCCUGUCUGGACAAACUAGCUCCAGUCUCAUUUGGCACUGCCCAGGCAUCUGCUGGUAAGACCUCCUCUCUCCAGCUGUCAUAUAUUGUAUGUUACCUGGGGUGAAACGCCUCACAGCAAGUCUGACCUGUGUUCAGCCCAAACUAAAUCACAGUACCACAGACCGGCAGUAUCUCUCAGCUUUAAAGACCAGUCAGACUACUAAAAUAUACAUGUUCAAAGCCAAGCGACCUUUGAAUUGAUGAUGUUAAACUACCCAGUUAACUAUCAUAUUACUAAUAUCAACAUGAACUAUAUCAUUUCAGAAGGGUAAUGAGAUAUUGAUACAGACAUGUUGGCAGCCUGUAUCAAGGGCCCUUUCAUUGCAGUUCAAACGGUGAGGUAACCAUUUGUAGCACUAUGCUGCUGCCACAACAUUGUGGGACCUUCUGCAGACCCUUGACUCAUUUACAAAAGCCACAUCAGAUGCAUGGCUUAGUACUAAUGCUGUGACUGCUCUGGCUGCAUCUGUCUCUGUACUUCCUGCACCCUCCCCUCCUCCCUCCUCGCUCUCUUCUGGGCUGCGCUAACCUCACCCUCCAUUACCCCUUCACCUCCUCUCCUCCACCUGCAGACUCUGCUUACCUCAUGUUGGGCUUCCAGCCGCCCGAGGCUGGGGAGAAGGGCACUGAGGACGAAUUUGACCCCAUCCCCGUGCUCAUCUCCAAAAACUCCAACAACCAAGGUACGUAAGGCAGGCCAGCAGUGUGCAGAUAGGGUUGAAUCCACGUGUCUCAUUGAUCCACACAGAUCUGCUGAGGACCAAAGUACUGUUCUGUAUGAGCUGCCAGGGGACCACGAAUGAGCACACCCAUUACUGAGAAACCCUAGCUAACACCCUAGUUCAUCACUUACACCUGCUGAGAGCAACCAUGGCUGGAUGUGCUGUAACAUUAGCUAGCCCUUCUCAUCCUAGCAUGCUUUCACAUCAGUGGGUUUCUCUAAACUUUCGCUCAUUGACUUUUCACUGGCUGAACGUUGUCAAUAAGAAUUGGCAGUUCCUAUCAAAGGCAGGCACCAUUCUGCAGUUGUUUUGUACAGUCUGUCAGAACAGAAGCGCCAACAGCAGAGCUUGAAGGCAUCUUUUAAGAGUAGUGUCUUCUAGAGGUUAGGAAGACAUACAAGAUGUCCUCCUCCCUGCACUCUAUCCCUGAAAUGCUGCGCCUGCAUAUAGAUAAUCUCGCUUACUUUCUGUCUCUUUUGUUCUCUUCCUACCCCUGUCCCUCAUUCACUCGUGUCUGCUCCUGUCAUCCCACCCUCGCUCCUGUCCUCUUCUCUUUCACCAAUUCUCAAUGCUUUGCCAUGAUCUGUCCUGUCUCUCUUCUAUGCUCUCUCAAAUACUUUCCUUUCCCCCUCUUCGCUCUUCCUUGCUCCGUCCAUGUCCUCUUCUCUCUCUCUCUCUCUCUCUCUCUCUUUUUCUGGCACGUUUCAGGUGGUCACUCGCGCAGCAACAGUGGCAGUUCAGAGUCCAGCAUCCCCAACUUGGCCCGCUCCCUUCUGCUGGUGGAUCAGCUCAUCGACCUAUAGGGGGGUGGGGGAGAGAGGUCGAAGGGGCAGCGUGCAAUCGUAACAUGUAGGGGAUGGAGAGGGGGCAGCAGAGGCACUUAUGUAGCACCUUGCAAGGUGAAAUGGAGGAGCUUUAGUGUGGACUAGUAAACACUUUCUCUGGUGUGCCUCCUUGCCCCCGCCUCCAUCUCUUGCUUUCCUGAUACGCUAGUUUCAAACCAUUAAUUCUGGCCGUUGGCAUUCCCAUGUUGGUAACAACAUUGCAUUAACUCCCCGUCCUGACAGAUUGUCUGCUUCUGUCUUGGCUGCACUAUGGUCUUUAUCAUGCUGUCAUCCAUCUGUCAACAUUCCUCAUUGUCCUGCCAUGCGGAUUCAGCCCCACCCUAUGCACAUACUGCCUGGCUUGCCCAUAACUCCAUUGGCUUUGCUAUGUUUGAUCAGGGUUUAAGCUUCCUUUAUACAAAUGUAUGUGUCCUAGGUCUGACCACGUAACAUAGCCAGGAGAGAGAGAAGUACUGUACUGCUAUCUGUAUGCACUCUUCCUGUAGCAGCUAUGACCAUGUCUAGUCAUUACAGCAAAGCAGGCAUUUAGAAAAGCAGAAGCUGACUGAACUAUCCCGAGCUGCUUGCAUGGGGCAUACAGAGGAGACCAAUGAGCUGUCAGUCCUUAGGCUCCUGCUGUGUUUUUAACUUUUCUCAAACUGCUGUGGUUCACCGCUGCCCCUUGGGAAUGUUUGGCUGUCUGUUGCAAAUGUUCGAAGAUGUCUAUGUGUCAUUGUGAGCUCAAAAGCACUUGUGCAACAUGCACCGUUAUGGUAGACAUAUCGUCUCUAUCUACAGGCUGUGGCUAGCUACUGUACCCCCAAACUGGCUCAGAUAGUCAGGUCUUCUACAACAACCAUCUCCUUGACUGUACAACCAUGUUUAUAUUGGCUGUGCUUUAUGUAAGAGCUACAAUCUGUUUAUCUGAACAUUCCCUGGGAUUAUUGUUCCAGUCCUGUGCAUUUCCUAUAGUUUAAGAUCAUAUUGAGCUGGUGCAUUUUGCCUCUUACUAUACCUCUAAGUAUAAGAAUGAUCUGGAAAGGUUGACGCAUUAGCGGUAUUAUUCUAAAUGUGUGUAAUUCAUUUGAAUGCCCUUGUCUUCUUGGUCAUACAUUAAGACGGGUGCUCAACAACUUUCUCUCUUGGGCAGAAUGCAUGCUAACCGGCUAUUGGGCAGAAUGCAUGCUAACCGGCUAUUGGGCAGAAUGCAUGCUAACCGGCUAUUGGGCAGAAUGCAUGCUAACCGGCUAUUGGGCAGAAUGCAUGCUAACCGGCUAUUGGGCAGAAUGCAUGCUAACCGGCUAUUGGGCAGAAUGCAUGCUAACCGGCUAUUGGGCAGAAUGCAUGCUAACCGGCUAUUGGGCAGAAUGCAUGCUAACCGGCUAUUGGGCAGAAUGCAUGCUAACCGGCUAUUGGGCAGAAUGCAUGCUAACCGGCUAUUGGGCAGAAUGCAUGCUAACCGGCUAUUGGGCAGAAUGCAUGCUAACCGGCUAUUGGGCAGAAUGCAUGCUAACCGGCUAUUGGGCAGAAUGCAUGCUAACCGGCUAUUGGGCAGAAUGCAUGCUAACCGGCUAUUGGGCAGAAUGCAUGCUAACCGGCUAUUGGGCAGAAUGCAUGCUAACCGGCUAUUGGGCAGAAUGCAUGCUAACCGGCUAUUGAUCAUGUGUAUUCCAAUAAGAGCUUUAUCGUCGCUAUUCUGUUUCAUUUGGGUUUCUGUCCUCGGCCCAUUGGUUAGCAGAUCUACAUUUCCGAGAAUGUGAGAGAGAAAUUAGUCCCAUAUUGAGCAUGGAUACAGCUGAACAGUGCAAUGGUCGCGUAUCUCAUUGUGGUUGUUUGGUGAGGGUCAGCUGAUCUUUACCAGUGAGCCAGCAGAGUGAGAAGUAGUUGCAGCUGAGCUUGGGUUUUGUCUGCUUGUGUUGUGCUGGUGUGGUCCUACAGCCAAUCACAGUUUCUCUUUUUGUUCCAUGUGUCUCUGUUGCACAUUUCAUCCUCAUCAUUCAUAUCCAUCUCCCUUCUGUCCAAUCUACUCAUCCAUACCACACACACAUAUAUACACCGUGAUGUUGCUUGCCCUAUAUAGUGUAAUGAUCUGGAAAAAUAUCCAUUCCCUAGUCCCUACCAACUCAUGUAUAUAAAACCACUAUUUCAAUGUCCUCAUUCUCCCCUUGUAAAGAAGUAGUUAAAGUAUACUGAACAAAAAUAUAAACGCAACAAUUUCAACAAUUUUACUGAGUUACAGUUCAUAUAAGGAAAUCAGUCAAUUGAAAUAAAUUCAUUAGGCCCUAAUCUAUGGAUUUCACAUGACUUGGUAGGGGUGCAGCCACAGGUGGGCUUGGGAGGGCAUAGGCCCACCCACUGGGGAGUCAGGCCCAGCCAAUCAGAAUGAGUUUUCCCCACUAAAGGGCUUUAUUACAGACAUAAAUACUCCGCAGGUGAAGAGCUUCUUGAUAUGCCACACCUGUCAGGUGGAUGGAUUAUCUUGGCAAAGGAGAAAUGUUUUUGCACAUUGAAAAAUUCUGGGACAUUUUAUUUUAGCUCAUGAAACAUGGGACCAACACUUUACAUGUUGCGUUUAUAUUUUUGUUCAGUAUACAUUUUAAAGUGUUUCAUAUUUAAAGACAUGUCAUAUCAUGGUAUGAAUAAAUGUGACUUGAUAGUGUUAUAGAAUGAAUGUAUGAAGUGAGUAUCAAUAUGAAAUAUAUACAAUUCAUAAGUACAUAUUAUAGGUAAAUGAAAAUAAAGUUUAUUUCUGUGUAUUCUUUAUGGGGUUGUAUUUAAGAAUGCAAAGAUAUUGUGUCCCUCAUUUUUGUCCAAAGUAUUUUUGUCUAUCCUUCUUGGUCUUGUGGGACUAUUUCAGCAUAGGGAAGCCACUAGCCCCAUGGUUUUAGCUAUCUUAAUUUGGUGGUGUUCUGAGAACAGCUCUGUGCUUGUGACUUACCUUAUUGGAGUAUUAUCUUCAAGCUUCAUCCUUGGUUUUCCCAUAGUUUUCUCUGGUUUGAUUUUCUUCCUCUGAGUUGUAGUUUAUUUAACAACAGAGUCCCUUCCCUCCUCUGGAAACAGGGCUUAUGAUGGAAGGGUCUUCCUGAUAUCUCUGUUCUUUCCUCCUCCUUUACUGUUAACCCCUAAAUGCAUCACACAGUCUAGCCUAUCUACUUACAAGUUACAAUGCAAUGAGUCUCAUUUGUUGGAAACGGAACCAAAAUGUGUCUUACUCUUGACACAUCUUUAUCAUCCUCCCAGCAAGCAUAAUCAGUGGAUAUAAUGUACUACAUUGUACCCACCCUUGAUUUACCUGAGGCAUAUGAAAAUUAGACGGUACAAUAUUUAAAAAACUAAACUGAAAUGCAACACGUAUAAGAACUUUCAACUCCACAAAAUGCAUUUAUUCAAUUUCAGAAAGUCUUGUUUCCAUACUUGGAAAAUAUUCAAAGCAAAAAUAUACAUUUCCAUUGAGGUGUUACUGCUAGUAUAGCAUACUUUAAGUUAAAGAUAAUUUCUUAGUUUUUUUCUUUAAAAUACAAAUGAGUUUUACCCCAAACCAUAUAUAUUGUACAGUAAAUUCUAGAAAUUGGGCUGUGGAUUUUAAAGUGUGUAUGGCCUGUAUGGAGAGAGAAUCAGUAAAACUGCUCGGGUUUUGUUUUUAUUAAUUUUCCUCUCCAAUCUACUUGAUGUACAGUUCAGUCUUUUGCAGGUUUUAGUGUGGCUAACCUAUGCAAUUCUACAGUAGUGCUCAUAUUAUCCUUAGACACCACAGUGCUGUAUCAGUAGAGGUCUAGCCUUGCCAGUAGAGUUUUACUUGUGUUGCUGUGAAACUGAUGUACCUAAGUCUGUUUGCUGAGGCAAAACAGUGACAAGUAUAAUCUAUUUGAUUAUAUGAAAACUGUUGAACUGAGCAAACAGCAGUUGUCCAUAUGUGAAAUCACAGUUAUUAUCUAAUGUGUACCUUCUAUUUUUAUGAAAUUAGAAAAAAAUAUUCAAAAAGAAAGGGACAUUAAAUAAACGUGAAUGUAACUCUAGUCUCGUUGGUGUAUUUUUCAAAUCAUCAGUAGGAAAUGUAGUUCAAUAUAUGGUUGUGUUAUGAGAUAAUUGGAAGAGCAAGUAUAGGUGGAUAACACAUCAGUCUGUUGCUUAGUCACACACCCACAUAAUUCACUUCCCUAACAAUGUCAAGGCUCACACUUCAGACAGAAAAUGCAAUCUGCUGUCAGUUUGCCAGCUUAUGAAUGCAUUAAAAGCUUUCAGAAGCCUCUGCGUUUAAAAAAUCAUUUUUUCUCCUUUUAAAAUUUUUUUUUCUCCUUUUGACUUAUCAAAAAGUCAGUAUAUCAGUACAGUAUGGAAGUGCUCACUCAUCCUAUCAUGCCUUGGUGCUAGGCUGAGCAACUAACACACACUGCACUCUUACCUGGAGUUUGAGUCCUCUCGCUUACUGUAGUGUACUGUAGAGCUCACACACCUAACUUCUUGCCUUUCAAUCCACUGAAAGGUUGAGUAUCUUAGAGCUACAGUUCCACUUCUUCUCUUACUCACAACCUGCCCAGCUCUUUGUCCUCUGGCUGACUCUGGACUGUGUCCUAAAUGGCUGCCACUAACCCUCUCCCCCUGGGGCUGCCGGCUAACUCCUGCUACCUGCACUACCAAGGUAAGACUGCCCCUGUUUCUGCCCCCCUCUGUCUGUCUGUCUACUCCUGUCAAUCUCACUCUGCUGGGACUCCAGUGAGUCCUCUCACUCCACCUUGUUUCCACGGGUCCAUUUGAUCCUUAUCAAGUCCCUAUAUCUUUAUAUAACUUACCAAUAACGACCCUAAAUCUACCAGUAUUACUCUUUGUAGUGGUGCGUGGAAUUGUUUUGAUGAGGGGUUGUGUAUCUGCUUAGAGGAUGUUGCAGGUCUCCUGAAAAACAACAAGUGGAAACAAGGUAUUUUGUGUUGUAUUGAUAGCGCUGAAUAGUCGUCUUGUGUUCAUUGUGUUGUACAGAGUAGAUCAUGUUGUGUUUUUGGAGUCGUGCUGUGCUGGCUUGCUGCUGUUGGACCAUUGUACUGUUGUUGCUGUUUCCAUGGUGUUUACUUGUUUGCAGUAUGCUGUUGUACGUGUCAUCUUUGGGAGUGACAUUGAUGCUUUGUUAGACCAAAGGACCACAGACAGUAGUUCAAAGCUGAGAGAGGGUUCUCAAUGUAAACUAACUAGUCAUCUUGUCUCAGUGUACACAUCUUAAAGGGCAACUCCACCACUUUAACAUAAUUUUCAUUAUCUCCAGCACAAUACUAUUGUCUACAUAUGUGGAAACAGCGCUUUUCUAUAUUUUGUAGAAAAAAUACAUGUAGUUUAAAAGUUCUACCCGAUGACAUCAUCAAAAGUUAAAACAUUUUAAAAAGUGUUUUUCAAACAUGAGAAUCGUGGUGACGUGGGAAACAAGAAAAUACCCUCCUGGCUAAACUUGUUACAGGUUUUGGAAAUCACCCGUUUUUCCUACCCUGUGAUGUCACAGAGAAGCAUUUUUUAGGGCCUUGUCUUUUUAACCACAGAUCAUAGAAAUGUGCCGUUUUCACAUAUGUAGACACUGGUAUGGUGCUGGAGAUAAUGAAUGAGAUUGAAAAGUGGCAGAAUUGCACUUUAAGUCUCAUCCUUUACUUUGUGUCUUCUCUCCUCUGCAGAGCUGAAAGGGGAAAGGAAAAGCUACGCUGUGCUAGACAAGGGGAGGUCAGAGAAUGAGCUGCCUGGAGAAGGCCACAGAGCAGAUGAGGGCUGUGUCCACUCCAGCGAUGAGGAAUUUGAGGAGGAAGACAAGAGAGAGGAGGAGCAGGGCAGGAGGGCCAGUGAGAGUGAUGAGGUGGUCCAUGACUGCAGUGGUUCCAGACCUUUGCUGCUGGAUUCAGAUGAAGAGGAAGAGCAGGGGUCUGAAUUACCCCUCCCACCCUCCCAGCCAUCCCUAUCACACCCACAACUCUCCACUCCCUCCCACCAACCUACCCCAGGCCCACGUGCCCCAUCCCAGAAUCAUUCCCACCAGAUGCCCCAGCAAGCCAGGGGGGUUGACGUUGUCGCUGAUGUCUUCUCGAAAGCCCCUUUCAGGGUUGGACAGGAAGAGGCAGGUGACGUGUUCGCAAAUGCCCCGUUCCCACGUCACCCUGUUGUGACACAAAAGCAUCCAGAUGUCUUCCUGCAGGCCCCCUUUGUGAAGCCCAAGACCCAACACCCUCACCCAGCUGUGCUUUACCCUGUGGCUCAUGAACCAGCCCUCUCGAGCCAGGUGGCCCCGCAGCCUUUCCGCCCACAGGCCCUGGCCAAGUACUCCCGACACUUUCAGGGCCCAUUGCCUCAGCAGCCUGUGACAGCUCAGAGGGUGUUGUCCAACGUGAGCAGGCAGACUGCUGUGAGCUCAGUACCUGUGGGACCCUUACACUCCUGGACUUCAGAGGUAAGUGCAGUAGACCCCUUUGUCUCUGCGCCCUUUCACCUUAAGGCCCCGCAAGAGAAGCCCUGA